AUGCAUGAAGCAUCAGAGAACAAGGAGUGUGAAAACACAUCCACUGCAUUCAUCACUGACAGUACAGGGCAACACCUGAAAAACAUCACUGGGUUAUUGCAAGCUGCCAUUUACCCAAAUGGCCUAACAGGAGUGCAAACGACCAGGAAUACAAGGUCACGUGCUGUCCAGACCAAUGCCAUUGAGGGACCACGAACGUCAUCGCCUGCCUUCUUAGAGCCCCAGUCCUAUUCCUUCAAUUCAGAUUUUGAUGAAGACUUGGAAGAUAGGAACAUUGAUUCUUCAUUCGCUCUGUCAGAGGACAGUCACCCAGGAAAUAAUGAACACGCACCGCUGCCCCUUCAUGAAGAGCGAAAAUUUAUUGUGUUUGAAUCUUCCCUGGAUGAACUACUCUGGGCAUGCCCAGUGUGUGCGCAGCGCUGCACAGGUGUUGACAAAAGAGUAAGAGGCACAAUGCUGUAUGUGGAACGAAUAUGCAAAAAUCAGCAUGUGUCUGCUUGGGCUAGCCAGCCAAAAAUUCAAAUGAAAGCAGCGGGGAACGUCUUGGUACCUGCUGCAGCUCUGUACUCUGGGUGCAGUAUUUCAAAAUUUUUGAGAGCACUCAAGAGUACAGGCAUAGUGUGUCCAAAUUACCGGUAUCAUUUUGCGGUACAGAAAGCUCUCCUCGUCCCAGCAAUUACAAUGGUUUGGACGAAGCACCAGAACAGUCUUUUUGAAAGUGUUGCUGGGAAACCGCUACGCCUUGCAGGGGACGGAAGGGCAGAUUCUCCCGGGCACUCUGCAAAAUACGGAACCUACUCCCUCAUUGACAUCGACCGAAACAAGGUCCUCCAUGUCGAAACUGUGCAGUCGAACGAAACAGGUGGCAGCAGUCAGAUGGAGCUAGAGGGUCUCAAGAGGUCGUUGCAGAUAUUUGAGGCGAAUGGUUUGAUCAUUGACCUCAUGGUCACAGAUCGCCACACUCAGAUCAAGGCAUUUGCUGCCAAAGAGGGAAACUUCGAGCACAAUUAUGACUGUUGGCACAUUGGCAAAUGUAAGCAUUGUAAACCAUACUAAAAAAAUAUGAAUUUCAUAAAACAGGCGGUGUGCCAGUUUUCAACACAUUUUGUUGUGUUUUCUCCAGCACUCAGAAAAAAGCUAACAGCAGCCAGCAAACUGAAGAAGUACGGCAGCAUCACACCAUGGAU